AUGCCACGUGGCAAUACACACGGCAUUUCAUCUCGUAUAUACAAUCUUCCUCGGGAAAUUCGCGACGAGAUCUAUGCUCAAGCAAUUCCAUCAAAAGAUCUGCAAGUAUUCGGCGCUGGAGAUCUUUACGGUGUCGAAUUUGCAAAAAGGAUGGGUGAUCCAAGUGGUUUCUAUUUCCCUUUUAGGAGUGUCCUUGGGAUUCUUUCGGUUGAUCGGCAGAUGCGUGAGGAGACUCUGCCUUUGAUUUAUCGGAAGACAUCCAUCAACUUGAAUAAUAUGGAUGAUUUUAUAAGGUUUGCUAUUGCCAUAGGGGAAGUUGGCCGUGAGAAUGUUGAACGAAUUAGCUUCACGUGGGAGAGCCCAAGUGAUACGGCAUCCGACGAAGAGGGAAACUUUACCACUGGCUUUGGAGAAAUUAAAUUGCCCAAACUGCAUAGCGUGAGAUGUGUGCAGCUUCUCAGGUGUUUCACGAGACUGAAAUGGCUUCGUUUAUACUUCGAAGAUGAUCUUCUGUCGACUUUAUCCCUUACGGACUUCAAGGCCGACCAAGGCAUCUGCGGACUUUCUUCGCUCGAUCAAAUUGAUAGAAUCGAAAUUCUGAAUCAGUUUGCGGAACCAGCGGACCAGCAUCAAGGAAUAAAGUGGUGGGCAGCAGCCCAUGGUAUUGAAGUAUACGGUGUCGCUCCGACCGAAAUUCCUGGUCUAGGUCUGGGGAUGGUAGCCACAAGGGUGAUUGAACGCAAGGAAGAUGAAGCACUCGUUAGUGUUCCUUCUUCGAUGAUGCUGACAAUUGAUUGCAUUCCCAAGACGUUCAUUGAGUUAUUCCCCGAGGGGACAUCCACACACGGGAUUCUUGCAGCGUUUCUUUCACAUGGGGACACCAAUUUACUGGCGAAAUGGAAAGAGUGGCGUGACUCCUGGCCUGAUCUUCAAAGUUUCAGAAACUGCUUGCCUAUCUCAUGGGGAAACUUGCUUAAAUCAACUCGCGUGGAACACGGGAAGUUGGGAACAAGCCAUUACCCACUGCCUCCUGCUGCUUCCGGAUCCUGGAACAUCAUAAAAGAAGACUCAAUAAGGUUUUAUUCUGAAGAUACCUACCAGAAUAUUCUCCCAAAGCAGAAGAGGCGAAUGCUUUCGGCGUGGGAAUGUGUUCUACAGGCUUUCCCGGACACAGACUGGGACAUGUUCAGCUACCAUUGGUUUAUUAUCAACACGAGGAGCUUCUACUAUGUGACGCCGGGGAGGGAAGAACCGGAGGAUUGGAAUGAUGCCGUUGGCUUAGUUCCUAUCGCCGAUUACUUCAAUCACGCAAGUGAUGAGGCGUGCAUGGCUGUGUUCGACAAGAAAGGUUAUACUAUCAAUGCGACCAGGCGUAUCGAGGAGGGAGAAGAAGUUUACAUCAGCUACGGCCCACAUCCUAAUGAUUAUCUUUUCGUUGAGUAUGGCUUUAUCCCGGACCGCAACCCACAUGACGCCAUAUUCCUGGACAACUUAAUUUUCAAGGACCUUACAGCAUCCGGGAUGGAAGAAUUGAAAAUGCGUGACUUGUAUGGCGAUUAUAAAUUCACGCGAAAUGGCCCAUGCCCACGGACUCGAGAUGCUGCGUGUAUGACAUUUAUGAGUCCCAAAAAAUGGCAGGAAUACGCCCUUCACCGUUCGAUUGAUACUACUGAUCGCGAGUUGAUGAUGAAUACAAUUAAUGGCUGGGUUGGCACGUACCUCAAAGAAUGUGUCUCAACGAUUCGAAGUUUGGAGAGUAUGAGAGCGGCCUCUCCAUUGGCCGAAUUAGAUGGACAGAGUGGACAUUACGAUCUGAAACUCUCGACAUUGUUGAAGAGAUGGAUUCAGAUGAGAGAUCUCUGCGAGACUAUCUUGAAUGAUACUUACAGGCCUAUUAGAUGGAACGAUUCGUGA